CGGUGAUUGGGCGAGACUGGUCGAGGCCGGCCUCUGAUUGGAUAGGGCUGCAGCCAAUCAAUCGCUUGGUCGUUUUCCCGGAGACAUGGAUGCGUCGCUUGUGGAGAAGCGGCGGGGGCAGAACGCGGCCCUGUCCAUCGCGGCGGUGGCGAUCGUGAUCGGGAUCCCUCUGUGGUGGAAAACCACCGAGACCUACCGCGCCGGGCUGCCCUACUCCCAGAUCAGCCAGCUGGACAGCCUGCAGGUACUGUCCGUCGGAGCCGGGCUUCGCGCUGGACGGAUCCCACUCUCCUCAGGAAAAACCAGCCUGAAGUACCACUAUGAGAUCAAGUACCGCACAGCCACAGUAAUGGAGGAAGAUGCCCUUGAAUUGCCCACGGCAAAAGAAGCUGACCUCUCUCUGUUCCAGCUCAGCGAGAGCCCCUGUGGUUCAGUGGUUGUGUACGUGAUCCCAGAGUCCUCCCCCCUGCUCCCAGAGGGCAUCAACGUGUACGUGGGCCAGCGCCGCACGGCCCUGCUGCGGGCGCGGCCGGGCCGGGCCGGCGGGCUGCCGGAGGUUCUGCAGGCCCUGAGCCCGGAGGUGGAGCGCGUGGUCCAGACCAUGUCCUUCACCGACGCCGACAUCAAGGCGGCGCUGAGCGAUCGCGUCCCCAUCGGCCGGCUCAGCAGGGAGAGCCUGGCCGACCGCAUGAGGGCCUUCAAGUCCAGCCCUGGUAGGGGUCUUUUUAAAAGAUUUAUCAUUUGUUCUCCCUCAUUCUCUUCCUCGCCAGGCUCCAACGCCGCGUCCUCGUACCCGGUGCUGAACUUCCUGCUAUACGUGCCAGACCCACCGCACUCCCCGCUGUAUAUCCGAGACCGGUCCGGAAGAGAGGUGCCAACCAACGCCUUCCACAGCCCGCGCUGGGGUGGCAUCAUGGUGUACAACGUGCGUGAGCAGCAGGUGGAGGAGCCCCAGUUCCCAGUGCACGUCGACAUCGACAUGGUGCGCGUGAUGGGCGUCUUCCUGGCACAGCUGCGGCUGCUGCUGGGGGUGCAGCAGGUCCACGCCCCCCCCGGCUACCUGCUUCAGAGCCCCGGCAACAAGGGGCUGACGGACUGGGAGCUGGACCGCCUGCUGUGGGCCCGCGCCGUCGAGAACAUCGCCACCGCCACCACCACCCUCACCUCGCUGGCCCAGCUGCUGGACGAGAUCGGCAACAUCGUCAUCGACGACCACAUCGCGGAGCAGGUGUACGGCGCGGUGAGCUCGCUGCAGCUGGCCGUGGCCGAGCUGGAGGCCGGGAACCUGGCCUUCGCCUUCCAGUCCAGCAAGGAGGCCAUCCUGUCCUCGGAGAGAGCCUUCUUCGACCCUUCCCUGCUGCACCUCCUCUACUUCCCCGACGACCAGAAGUUCGCCAUCUACAUCCCCCUCUUCCUGCCCAUGUCCGUGCCCAUCCUGCUGUCGCUGCUCAAGAUCGGCAAGGAGUACCGGCAGAGCCGCGCGCAGCGUCCGAAGAGGGACUGAGAGGGGCCCCGCUCGGCCUCAAGUGGACCCCCUUGACCUCUCUCCUCUGGUUUUCUAUACAUGCAUCUACGGAGUGUGCAAGGAACAAGUCCAGGUUUAUUUUGUGCUGAAUGGAGAAGAAAAACACAGCGUUUCUUCUGAUGCUUGAAGAGGGCUCCACAGCCGAAACGUUGCGUUUCUCUUCUUCU